UCGCAAAAAAGUUUUGUCGUCUGCUAUUUUUAAAGCAAACAAAGUUUGAAACAAAGCAUUAAAUUGUUUAAAUUAACAAAUUUUUACUAAUAUUUCAUGAUCAUUUAUUAUUAGAAUCUAUUAGAAUUAAUUGUGCACUAUUAAGAGCUAGUGAAAAUUAAAAUUAAUGAUAAUUAAAAUGUAAAAUUUGCUUGAAAACAUUUUAAUAUUAUCAUAACCUCUACCGGUGUAAAAAAGUUGUUUGUUUAUUAUACGCACGAAUAAGGUUAUUUUUGGGAUUUUUUUCAACAAAUUUUCGUCACUAUUAUAUACAAAAUUAAAUCAUGAAUAACGGACUUUGUUAUGAAGAUAUCUUGGGUUUUACCAAACAAACCGAAACAUUGAUAACAGGUUUAGGAGGUACACCUGAGCUUGUAGAAGAGUUUCGAAAAAGAAAUAUUUCCAAUGAAGAAUUAUCUGAAUUACAUGAAUAUGAUUUAAUUGCACUUGGUGCCGAUUAUACAUUCAUUACAGCAUUUUUGAAAGAAAUGAAAAAUAGAUCAAAAAAAUCAAGUGAAUAUUUACAGCCUCAAUAUAGAUACGAGCACUUGGUGGACAUUUUAAAAACUGGACGAAAUCAUAUUAAGCAUAUUGGUGCAUUUAUUGGAUAUGCAAGACUUAGAUUAAAGAAAGAACAAAUAAAUCUUUUUGUUGAUCCUAAUAAAGGAUUACGUGCAAGUGAAACAUUGAAAAUUGCUUCAAUAGCAACAAUCAAAGAAAUUAACUAUAUCAUGGAAGAAGUGAAUAAUUUAGAAACAUACAUUUCAAUGACUUAUGAAACACCAAAAAGGAAAAAGUAUUUCAACAUUUGUAUGUUCAUAGGUGGAUUGGGAUUGACGACUUGUGCAUUGUUCCAUUUGUGUAAAAAAUGUUAUAUUAAGAUAUAAUAGGCUUUUGAUUUUAAGGAUAAUGCUCCAUAUUUAACGUGGCAAGUUUCUGGAAAAUUCCCUGCUAAAAGUGCCAUAUCAGUCGCUGUGACUAGAAGUAAUCCACCUUCCGAAAGACAUUGAACACCUCCAUCGAGAAAUAUUGUUGGAC